CGACAGAGCGAGACUCUGUCUCAAAAUAAAAAUAAAAAUAAAAAGCAGUCCCCUAGCAAUAGCUACUUAAGUUAUUUUUCCCUAUCACGUAGAGUGAUGUCAUGGAUAUCCUGGUAAUUACAAGAAGGAACAUUUUAAGUUUUUCCAGCUGUGUGAAGUUGUCCUUCUCCCUAUUUUCCAGAGGCAGGGAGAAGGAAAGUUAUGCGCUAAGGCCGCACAGCUGGCGAAUGGCAGAACGGAACUUGAAUCUGAGGGUGAACCCUGAGUUUGCCCUGGUGACUACUUGCCCAGGGUGCAAGGCAGGGAGCUGGAGGCCGUUGGUGGGGAGCCCAGGGAGAAACUCCACUGAGUCCAAGCACAGCGUGCUCCGGAACUCAGUUUCCCCAUCCGGGGUCAUGGUGGCAAUAAAGAGCUAGAAGUGGGCCUGAUCCACACUACAGGGAGCCGAAAGGCUGUUGUAUUUUGGUGGUCACCCCGGGUUGCCCAGUGGGAUGACUGAGGCGCUCACGCGGCGGCGGCACCCGGGUUCUCCUCCCUUUUCCCUUCCCCUCCCGCGUCGCCCGUGGGCGGAGCCACCCGAGGCUCCGCCCACCUCCCAGGCCCGAGCCGGGCCGUGACGGCGGCGCUAGGACCCGGCGGGCCGCGGGUGCGGCGGGGCCUGGGCGGCCUGAGGAGCGCGGACCCCGGCGCUCGGCUCCCGGCGCCAUGUGAGGGGGUUCGGGGGCCGCGGGGGGCCGGGCGCUCCCCGCCGGAGAUGAGGAAACUGAGGCUCAGAGAGGUCACAUGGCUUGUUCGAGGCCCCCCAGCCAGUGUGAACCCACAUCCCUGCCCCCAGGGCCACCUACAGGACGCCGACACCUACCCUUCAGCAGACGCCGGAGAGAAAUGAGUAGCAACAAAGAGCAGCGGUCAGCAGUGUUCGUGAUCCUCUUUGCCCUCAUCACCAUCCUCAUCCUCUACACCUCCAACAGUGCCAAUGAGGUCUUCCAUUAUGGCUCCCUGCGGGGCCGUAGCCGCCGACCUGUCAACCUCAAGAAGUGGAGCAUCACCGACGGCUAUGUCCCCAUUCUCGGCAACAAGACGCUGCCCUCUCGGUGCCACCAGUGUGUGAUUGUCAGCAGCUCCAGCCACUUGCUGGGCACCAAGCUGGGCCCUGAGAUCGAGCGGGCUGAGUGUACAAUCCGCAUGAAUGAUGCGCCCACCACUGGCUACUCAGCUGAUGUGGGCAACAAGACCACCUACCGCGUCGUGGCCCAUUCCAGUGUGUUCCGCGUGCUGAGGAGGCCCCAGGAGUUUGUCAACCGGACCCCUGAAACCGUGUUCAUCUUCUGGGGGCCCCCGAGCAAAAUGCAGAAGCCCCAGGGCAGCCUCGUGCGUGUGAUCCAGCGGGCAGGCCUGGCGUUCCCCAACAUGGAAGCAUAUGCCGUCUCUCCCGGCCGCAUGCAGCAAUUUGACGACCUCUUCCGGGGUGAGACGGGCAAGGACAGGGAGAAGUCUCAUUCCUGGUUGAGCACAGGCUGGUUUACCAUGGUGAUUGCGGUGGAGUUGUGUGACCACGUGCACGUAUAUGGCAUGGUCCCCCCGAACUACUGCAGCGGCCCCGCCUCCAGCGCAUGCCCUACCACUACUAUGAGCCCAAGGGGCCAGACGAAUGUGUCACCUACAUCCAGAAUGAGCACAGCCGCAAGGGCAACCACCACCGCUUUAUCACCGAGAAAAGGGUCUUCUCGUCGUGGGCCCAGCUGUAUGGCAUCACCUUCUCCCACCCCUCGUGGACCUAAGCCACCCAGCCUGUGGGACCUCAGGAGGGUCAGAGGAGAAGCAGCCUCCGCCCAGCCACUGGGCCAGGGACCACCUUCUGGUCAAUCAAAGCUCGCCGGAGUGUCUCCCAGCCAAUCAGGGCUUGGGGAAUCUGUUGGCCAAUCAGGGAUUUGGGAGUCUAUGUGGUUAAUCAGGGGUGUCUUUCUUGUGCAGUCAGGGUCUGCGCACAGUCAAUCAGGGUAGAAGGAUAUUUCUGAGUCAAUCUGAGGCUAAGGACAUGUCCUUUCCCAUGAGACCUUGGUUCAGAGCCCCGGGAAUGGACCCCCCAGUCACCCCCCACUCUACUGGGAAAUGAGGUCCUGUCCCAAGGAGCUGGGAACUUGGUGGUGUCCCCUCAAUUUCUAGCACCAGAAAGAGAUAUUGUGUGGGGGUAGAAGCUGUCUGGAGGCCCGGCCAGAGAAUUUUUGGGGUUGUGGAGGUUGUGGGGGCGGUGGGGAGGUCCCAGAGUGGGAGGCUGGCAUCCAGGUCUUGGCUCUGCCCUGAGCGACCUUGGACAAACCCUUCCCCCUCUGCGAGCACCCUUCUGCCCACACCAGUUUCCAGUGCGGAGUCUGAGACCCUUUCCACCUCCCCUACAAGUGCCCUUGGGUCUGCCCUCCCCGUCUGGACCCUCCCAGCCACUAUCCCUUGCUGGGAGGCUCAGCUCUUUGGGGGGUCUGGGGUGACCUCCCCACCUCCUGGAAAACUUUAGGGUAUUUUUGCGCAAACUCCUCUAGGGUUAGGGGACUCUGAAGGGAAUGGGACAAAUCUUAAGCUGUUUUCUUAGCCCCUCAGCCAGCUGCCAUUAGCUUGGCUCUUUAAUGCCAGGACUCCUCUUCUGCCCUCUAGCAGGGAGGUUUUCCAACUGUUGGAGGUGCCUUUGGGGCUGCUCCUUUGUCUGGAGCCACUGGGGGCUUCCAAGGGUCUCCCCCGACCCCCUGUCAUGCUGGGAUGACUGCCGGGAGCUGUGUCGCCUGGGUUCUGUCCCCUGGCUCUGUUAUCAGGCACUUUAUUAAAGCUGGGCCUCAGUGGGUUGUGUUUGUCUCUUGUUCUUCUGGAGCCUGGAAGGGAAGGGCUUCAGGAGGAGGCUGUGAGGCUGAGGGGACCAGAUGGAGGAGGCCAGCAGCUAGCCAUUGCACACUGGGGUGAUGGGUGGGGGCGGCGACUGCCCCAGACUUGGUUUUGUAAUGAUUUGUACAGGAAUAAACACACCUACGCUCCGA